CCUUAUCUUUUCUGCUCAGUGGCCCAUGCACUGCAGCUCACCCAGUGGCCCCGGUAUUAUGGUGUGAAAACGGGCAGCACUGUGAGUAUUUACUGUCUGCCCAAGGAGUCAGUCAAGUACCAGUGGUACUGGGCUGCUCAGCACAAUGCAAGCGUCAGAGAGCAACUGCCAGGACAAAGGAAGAAUAUUCAGAUGGUCGAGAAUACUCUCCACAUCGGAAAUCUGCACACAGUGGACAGCGGAGUGUACUUCUGCAAAGCAGACGAUACGUUGGGACCAGGGACUGGGGUUAAAGUUGCCAGAAACAUUACUGUAACACAGAUUCUGUACAGGACCAGGAUAAAGGAUGGCCUCAUGAUCUUCCAGGGCCUCCUGCUGGCCGUGUGUAUCGCUGCUCUGCUGCUACGCAAACGAGACCUGUUUGAAAAGACGGACAGCAUAUACGAGGAGCCUGAAAUAGAUCACAUCUAUGAGGGUUUGGCGAUCGAGACAUGUGGAGGGGGCCUGUAUGAGGAACUCUCCGUGUACGCGCAGGUUGAUGGAGCCGAGGCCCCGUGGGAGUGAGACUAAACUACACGUCACCUCCCAACCUCUACAACCGCACAACAACUUACUUUUUUUUUUACAGGUUCUUGAUUAUAAAAGUCAUAGGUACAUGAAAGCACGAGUCCUUAGCAGCUGGAGUCAGGUGUGGAAAUUUCUUAUUUGUUGCCUGUGAAAGUAUUUUUUUCUUUUUUUGGUAAUGUGCAACAGCGUGCUUGUUUGAUGCUUGCUUUACAGCAUGUUAUGAGGAUUUUAUGCAAUGCUUGUGUUAUUCUGGAUUCACUUUCUGACAUUUGAUUUAAAGUUCAAGGAAGUGUAAACGAACCCUUUCACAAUAAGACGCAACUGAUGACUUUACAGCUGUAGUGUUGGUGCUAAAAGACACUUUCUUCCUUUUCAAUCACUGAUUGAAGAAAUUGACACUUUUUUUUUUUUUUUAAAGGAAACUGUUCAUAUGUAUGCAUCAUAGCCUGAACAAAGCCAUACUGUCUGCUCUUGUUUGAUAAUCGCUUGUAAAGUUGCAAAGAUUAGAAGACUGAGCAAUCAAACAACAAUUAUUCCCAAGUAUUUUGAUCAUCAAUUAAUGGUUUAAAUAUUUAUAUCAAAACAACAACAAAUCUGUUGCU